CUGGGCUUUUAUAACGUUUCCGGGACUUUUAUUUGGAUAUUUGCUUUCUAAAACAGGAUCUGACGUAUGCGGAAGUACUUUUUUUACGCUGAUCUGAGAUCAGUUUUUGUGCUUUUCUUAAAACGAUUGACGUCACUAGCUGGGUUCGACGAGCUGAUCCCAAACCAGUAGGAAAAAACAGAGCCAGUUUGCAAGACUUGGCGGUUUAUUUUAAUUCCUUUUUAAAUUAGAAAGCUAAACCCGGGUCUAAAAUGGACGAACAGUCGCGGGCUAUUUUACAGCGGAUUUUACGGAGACUCCCCAGUAAAAAGACGCAGAGCACGCUGAGAGCCUGGGGUUGUUUAUCAGCUGAGCAGCUCGAGGAUCUGGACUACACUCAACCAAAAUGGUUGCUUUUGGAGAAUGUAAUAUUUAAAUGUGAGGAAAGCAGGCUGCGUUUAAAAGACGUGACGAAGCUGGAGAUGGUCUAUUACAUGGAGAACCCUAAUCAAGGAACAUGGCACGCCUUUAAACUCACUGGCGCAGAAGAUGAAGCCCUUUCUGUGGACUUCACCCAGUUUAAGGAGAUGUUCGUAGCUCACUUAGAGGAAGUCGUCAAACACGUAUCCGUCAGGAUAAAGAAACCGGAAGACGGCGCGGUAUGGAUCCGAAUCGCGUGGGGCGAUAAUUUCACCAAACCCAACCACUUCAAGCCAACUUACGCUGUUCAUUAUCUCCAGACUCCAUACGUGUUUAUCCUUAAUCUCACCGCCAAGCACAAGCCUUAUCUAUAUCAGGCUUUAGUUCUGUCCACCAGAUACGUGUCCAUAAACGAAGCUCACCUGACCGGUAGAAGCCUCGCUGCCAUGCGAGACCUGCUCAUGAAGCAGUAUCAACAGGUUUUCCCAAAUCAGGAAAGGACCUUAAAGGAAAGAAACGCGCUUCCUUCACAUCCCAAUAUCGAUAGAGAGCAUGCCGAGUUUGCUGAGAGAAAACAUCAGAUGGCCUGUGAGGCUUUCGGUGACGGGACGGUGCCCAAACUGGAAACAGCCGUAUACAAGCUUGAAACCAGGUACAGAGGCAGCAGCAACAACACACUCAGUGACCGAGAUGAGCUCUUCAGAGGCGUGGUCAAGUUCUCCAGCCCCAACCUCCUGGAGUCUCUUCGGCACUGCGCGUCCACCGGCAUGUCCGAAGGCCCCGUCACUCCUCUCUUAUCCUCCAUCACACAGAAAGGAAGGAACCUGUUUGUGAUCGCUGAGAAAGUUCCGGGAUCCACGAGCCAGACGCCUGCACGCAAGACUUAACACGGUUUAUACCCGAGUACUCUUCUUACACGAGCGGUUCCAGUGUGUUUGUGUUCUUAUGGUGUUUCUUAUGUGUUUUAUUAUUAUUAUUAUUAUUAUUAUUUUUACACUUUAAACCUCGUCUAAUCCGUUUUACAAGUUUAAAAAAUUUUAAAUAAAGUUUUUAACUUUUCCGUACCGAAA